AUGGGAGAAAGAAGGGAGCGAGAUCCCCUUUGGCCGCCGCAACCCUUCACCAGCCCAGCCUCCCCACGAGGCCCUCGCCUGCCGGAACCCAGCCGGAUCUACCACGGUAGAACGUGGGGUGGCUUCCUCUCCGCCUCCCGGUACCCGGCACCCGCCCCCGGCGGCGGCGCAGCUAGGGUACGGCACGACUUCCGGGUGUUACCCACUUCGGUGCUCCAAACAAACUGUCCCUCCACCGCCACCCCUCGGCUCCCGAGCGGGGCGGGAGUUCCCAGGCUGGGGCAGCCAGCCCCGCGUCUUCUAGGAGACCUCUUGUGCCGGGCUAGCCUGCGUUCCCGCUCGGACCCCGCCGGCGUUUUAGGACAAAGCUCUAGGAAAUGCGCGGGGGAGGUGGGCGGACCGGUAAAGCGGGGACACCAGCGAUCCGGAAGUGGCGCUCGGCCAAGGGAGAGAGCUGCUGUUGGUAGUGGAGGUAGUAUCCGGCUGGGGAAGGGCCGAGGGCCCGAGGGCAGGAGGAGAAAGAAACCCUGCCUGAAGUCUCCAAACCCAGAAGAUCCCUGCACUCUUCCAUGGGGGUCUCCCAGGAUCUUGUGGGGUCUCUGUGUACAGAGCAAUAGUCUGAGUGUGCCACGGAUCACAGUUUAAGAAAGAGAUCACAAGUAGGAAGAGAGGCAAGCAGAGAGAGAGACUGGAGACUCUCCACGGAGCAGAGAGCCCUAUGUGGGGCUUGAUUCCAAGACCCUGGGAUCAUGACCUGAGCUGAAGGCAGAAGCUUUAACCCACUGAUCCACUCAGACCUCACAAGGAGACAUGUUUAACAGUAUUUUGAAGCAUGGUUUGUAGUAAUAAAACAGUAGAAAAAUUCAAAAUAUCAAUAGGAAAAAUGGUUAACUAAACUGUAGUAUAUUCAUAUAAUGAAAUGUGUAGUGAAAACGAAUAAAUUAGGACUAUUACUUUAAAAUAUUUUACCUCGAUUUGGAAAUAUAGUUUACACCAUGACUGAGAACUCUCACAAAACUAUACUCAAACUGAGUACAUGUGAUGCAUUCUCUUUUCUCUGUUCUAUUUUUUUUUCUAAAAGAGUUCAGAACCUACAAAAUGGUUUGUAACAGUCUGAAAAAACAAUGAACAAAGUCACAUAUUAAUCAACACUAAUAAAUCUGAAAAAUAUAACAUCGAGAAAAAAUUAGUAGCAAAAUAAAAUAUAUCACAUA